AUGGCAUCUACUUCUACCUCUGAUUGCCAAUCAGAGAUUGAGACUACAAAUGCUUUUGAUGAAAUUGCACCACCAUCUACGUCUGCAUCUGCAACAUCCUCAUCAACAAUAAAGAAGCCGCCCUGUUCUGUAUUUAUCAAUCAUCGGGGCCCUGAUGUGAAGGAGACGUUGGCCAAAGCUAUUUACCAUGCCCUUUAUGUCAGGGGUAUCGCAGCUUUUCUUGAUUCCGAGGAGCUUGACUUGGGAGACAAAAUCCCUGCAGCGUUACAAAAGGAAAUGAGUAGUGCUUCCCUUCAUGUAGCAAUUUUCUCCACCGGCUAUGCAGACUCGCCCUGGUGUCUUGCGGAGCUUUCCUUUAUGCUCACAACUGGCACACCUAUUAUUCCUGUUUUCUACCGUGUUGAACCCACCGAUCUGCGAUGGGUGGAGAAAGGAAAAUAUGCUGAUGCCUUUUCUAAGCAUCAAGAAAAGGAUAGAUACAGCCCAGAAAAGAUCAAGGAAUGGAAAGAGGCACUGCAGGAGGUCUCAUAUUACAAGGGUGAAAUCAUCAAUACCAAUGAUGAGGAACGAGAAAAGUUGAAGAAUGUUGUAAAUCGGGUAUUGAAAAUGAUGAAAGAAUCAUUAAGUGUAGAAAAAUAUCCUGUGGGUCUAGAAAAUGCGGUGAUGAAUCUUGAAAAAUUUGUACAGGAAUCUGGAAACGAGAGAAGUAAAGUUCAAAUUAUUGGAAUUUGGGGCAUGGGUGGUGCUGGAAAAACCACACUUGCAAAAAAGUUUUAUAAUGAAAAGUGUUCCAAUGUUGAUAGUUCUAGUUUUGUUCAUAAUAUUAGAAACGCUGCAGCAAAAAAUGAGUUGCAUAAAAAACAAAAAAUUUUGUUGAAGGACCUUGGUGUUGCCAAUAUACCAGAUUUUGAUGAUAUAGAAAAAGGUAUGGAGAUUCUCUCUAGCCGAUUGAGAUCUAUUUGUGUACUUAUCAUCUUGGAUGAUGUGGAUUCUCUAACUCAAUUAGAUGCUUUGCUACCCAUGAAAGAUAGCCUUAAACGAGAUAGUUUGAUCCUUGUUACAACACGGGAAAGCGAAGUCCUUAAACAUUGGAGCAUCUCUUCCAUUUAUAAAAUAGAACCAAUGGAUCCUAUUUAUGCCAAAGAACUUUUUUGCUGGCAUGCAUUUUUACAACCCUCUCCAAGCUCAGGAUUUGAAGAACUUGCUACAAAGUUCACAAAAUCUUGCAAUGGACUUCCUUUGUCUUUAAAGGUACUUGGAAGUCAGCUUUAUUGCCACUCUAGCAAAGAAGUUUGGGAAGAUCUAUGGAAUAAGAUCUCUAAAAUAUUGCCUCGUGAUAUAAAAAAUAAGCUGCGAGUGAGCUAUGAUGCAUUAGAUGAUGAAGAGAAACAAAUGUUCUUAGAUGUGGCUUGUUUUUUUAUUGGAGAAGAUUACAUGAAAGCUAUUGUCGUAUGGCAAGAAUCAGACUGGAGUGGUUUGUACAGCUGGGAAAGACUUGUGAAUAAAUGUCUUGUCGAACUUGACAAUGACAAUUGUAUAAAAAUGCAUGACCACCUAAGAGAUUUAGGAAGGGAAAUUGCAAAUACUCAAUCACCAUGCCGUCUAUGGUCUCCGAAUCAGAUUACAACCAUUCAGAAACAAGACCAGAUUCGAGGAAUGAUAUUGAAUGCUGCAAAUAAGGAGGUGCAUAAACUUCCUGAUUUCCUCUUAAAUACAAGAGGACCUUUCCUUUGUUUUCCCUCAAGAACAACAAGACCUUUCUCUCUUGAAAUAAAAGUAUUUUUGUUUGAAGGGGACCACAGGGACAAAUUACCCAUUGCCAAGUUUUCAAGAAAGUUGGCGUGGCUUAGCUGUACUGAAAUUGCUGAUAGAAAUCUUCCUUUAAGAGUUUUAGAAUUACAUGAUUGUGGGAAGUUAAAAGGCUUGUGGAAGGAUGGGCCGGAAGCUCCGAAGCAGUUAAGAGUGUUGAUUGUCGAUCAUUGCUCUAAAUUACGUAGAAUUCCAAAGUCCAUAAAACUCCUCAAGAAUUUGAAACAGAUGUCCCUGAUUAGGUCCGACAACUUAAAGGGUCUUCCAGAGCAAUUUUGUUGUCUUGAAUCGCUGGAGCAUCUGCAGUUAGUAUGGUGUAGAAACCUAUCCUCUCUGCCUGGAUGCUUUGGUGAAUUGAGAAACCUUCGACAUCUAAAUUUGAGUUAUUCUUUGGAAUUGAGGAUGUUGCCGGAUUCAUUUAAACAGCUGAAGUUGCUGCAGCAUCUUAAUUUAUCUGGGUGUUCUAGGCUGGCUAUACAACGAGACAUCAUGGAAAACAUGACAAAGUUGGAGUAUUUGAAUUUCAAUGGUUGUGGCGACUUGAAAGAGUUGCCUACUCACAUCACAAAUCAGAUCAACUUGAGGGAGCUAUAUUCAGAGUGUCACUCUUUAAGGAAGCUCCCAAUGGACAUUGGUCAACUCAGCAAGUUGAGAGUGAUGAAGAUUGCAUCACAACAACUGAUUGAUCUUCAAACUCUGGAAAUUGGCUGUUCCCAACUCAGGGUAUUGGAUUUUGGGAGGGGGCCAUCUACUUCUCCGUUGUGCCACCUAGAGAAGAUAAUUCUAUUCAAGACAGAAGUGGAGAAGAUUUCAAUUUUUGAAGAAUGUUGUCCACACCUGAAAAUUUUUACAGUUCGGGUCAGUUCCCGUUUAAGGGAGGUCGACGCCCUACCAACAACAGUGGAGAAAAUAGAAAUUGAGGACUGUCCAGAAUUAGAUACGCUUCCAAGUUUUUCAAAAUCAGCUUCUCUGAAAGUACUUAAACUAAGAAAGUGCAACAAAAUGGACAAGAUAGAAGGUUUACAGCACUGCUCAGCAUUGCAGGAGUUGGUGGUAGAAAAUAUUUGCUGGGGGGUGCCGGUUGUAGAGAGUUUGCAAAUCCUAGGAAAGAAAAGAGCAGCUCUUGAGCCUUCCACUCCAAAGAUAGAGAAACAGAAGUGGCCAGGAGAAAUAAUAAUAUGUGCAAAAGCAGUCCCUGGUACGGGGUCAAUUUUAAACGCUCCGGACUUUCCCAAUCUCUCUGUCCUCUCCUUUGUGAACAAGGACGUCCCUUAUGUGAAUUCUCCUAACAGAUGCUUGUGGGAUGCCCCCUUGGUGGAUUCCCGGUUCCCUCCCUUAACAGUGGAAGCGCGAGGAAAGUGUUCGUUGGACAAUGAGAAUACCACAAUGCUAUGUUUAGUUAUCAAUUGUGUCUCUCAAAGUAUGACAUUGGAGAUCGAGCGAAGGCAGCCUGAAAGGUUUUGGCAACAUGCAGUUGAGAUGGAACAGGGUAAAUGGAUAUGGAUAGGUGUCUUCUCACCCAUAAGGUCUGGAGAGAAAUUCUGCAUGUGGGAUUCCUGCAUCUCUUCUUCAACUCAACGCAGUAAAGUGGAAACGGGAUUGCUAUUGAAGGGAGAAGAAUCUAAUGUUGUGGAGGCUUUCAACCGCAUAGUAGCACGUCUGUGA